GUCCUGUCAGAAAAACAUCACCAAAACAAAACAAACCGUAAAAAUCCUGCAGCCAGGAGUUGACUGCAAGUUUUGCUCGAUCCUGAAUGGUCUGAAAUUUUAGUUAGAAUAAUGAACUAAAAUCUAAGUUUUCAAAAGUUUAUAAUUAGAGCUUUCGCGAUGACCGUGACGAACCGUAGGAUUCCGCGGCUGUCGAACCACCGGCUACCGCAGCAGCAUUUCCAGCACCAGGCCGCAGCAGGACCAGGCGGGGGUGGAGGAGCAGGAGGAGGCGGAGCUGGGGCUGGCAUCGGUAACAAUCUUGGCGGCGUCGGAGUGGCCAACGAUGAGCACGGCGGGGCGAUGAACGGCGACGAGGACGGGCAGUUUAGCUUUGGGACGCCGUUUCCGAAGCACGUUCCGUUCCCGAACGUGGACCACAGCUCGGAGCUGGUGAAUGAAUUUCUGAUCUUUGGCUUUACCAUUAUUGCGAGUGCAACGCAGUUUCUGCACCUGUACCGGACGGUUUGGUGGCUUCCGAACUCGUACACCCGACAGGCGGUAAAUUUCUACCUCAUUGACUGGGACUUGGCCAUCUUUAUCUAUGUGAUGGCGAGCCGGCGGUUGCUUUACUGCUGCAUCCUGAAGCUGAUCGAUCUCAACUGUCCGGAGGCGUACGCGGACAUUUGCAAACGAAUCGCCAAGUACGUCUUCCUGGCGUGUGUCCUCAUCUCCUUUGUCGGAUGUGGAAUUCAGAUUUUCCAGAAGAACAGCUACCUGUACCUGUUCUGCCUGUCCUACCCGUUUGUCCUGUAUCUGACCAUCUUUGGCUUCAACCUGGAGCAGUUCCUGCGGACGAUCGUGGACACCGAGGUGAACUGCAUCAACGGAAUGCCCGUGCACAGCUGCUCGUCCAACGCCAUCUCAGUCCGAUCCGAGGUGGAAGCGCUCAAGUCGGACUUUAACAACCGCUUCAAGCAGAUCAUCUUCACUUCGGUCCUGAACGCGUACUAUUCCGGCUUCGUGCCGUGCGUGCUCGUUCCGAAGCAUCUGUACUACGACAUCUUCUGGGUCACGCAACAUCUGGGCUUCAUCUUCAUCGGGGGCUUCACCAUGUGCGUGGCCUACUGCUUCCCGGUGCGGUACUGUGACGUGUUUCAUCGGGCCGCCCUGCAUCUGGGAACGUGGAACCGGGUCACCCAUCGGACGCACCAUCCGCCGCCGUACGCGUGGUCCAAGUCGACCAUCUUUCCGUACGGUGCGUACGUGCGCCAUCUGGGGGAGAUCUACCGGGCGUCCGGGUUCUGCACGUCGGCCGUGCCAGCCAACAACAGCCACAUACGGUUCUUUGUUAUAUUCAAGAACCCGGCCCUGAUCUACAUGGUGCUGUUCGGCAUCCAGAUCGUGCUGGUGGUCGUCCAGCUGCUCAUCCUGAUGGCGUCACGCGAGUGGCACAACCUCAUCUCGAUCGGGUUCCUUCUGUUGGCCAACUACUUCACGCUGUUCAAAAUCGCCCGGGAUUACCUGAUCGCAAAAAGAAUCUACGCCGGCGAAAGCACCGGAGACAAAUUCAAGACCAACUGAACUGGCGGAGGCGGCGGCGGCCACAUCGGCCACGGAGUGCGCACAAAGCAAACACAAUGAACUUUGGAUUGAACUCACACUCUGCUGGAGGCAUGUCUAAUUUAUUGAACAACCGACGCUCGGAAAUGUCUCUUAUCUCUAUAAUUGUGAAAGGAAAAUAUACUU